GCGAGGAGCUGCUGUUGCUGUGGUGGGUCCUGCUGGCUGUGGCCGUGGCUGUGUUGGUGGAGGGUGUCGUCAGUGUAGGCGCCUCCACUGCCUGUUGCCAUGCCUGGUGAAGAGGUGAUUGGGCGACACACACGGCCGAGGGUGAUGGAGGUGCUGAUGGUGAUGAUGAUGGUGAUGGCAGCCAACUUUUUACAGGCAAUAUCGUCGUCAUCAGAACUCUUCCCCCAGGUCGGCGUUGAGCCUUUCCUCGGGGCUCGGUGCUGGGUGCCGGGUGAGCUGCUGGCCACCACCGCCACCGCCGCCUCCUCGACACUCUUCCUUUGGUGUGCCAGGCAGUGCGGGCGUGCCGAGGACUGCCGCUUCUUCUCCCUCGCACCGGGCGAGUGUCGGCGCUACACAGGGGUCAUGUCGGCGGAGUGCAGCGUGGCGGGCGUCGGUGAAGGAGAGGCGAAGGUGUUCAUGAAGUUCCAAUCCAACCUGGCUCUGCUCCGACCCGUCCUGGCCUCCUCGACCGUCUAUGACCAUCGUGUGACCUUUGAUGACAUGGCCCGGUACCCCUUCGAUUGGACCUCCUUCCUGGACUGUCCGUGCACGCAGACCUUGCCGAACCAGUGGGCGAGCGUGGACCUCGGCGCCACCUGCGACGUGAGCCUCAUCCGGGUGACGCUUUCCUUGGAGGCCCGAGAAACCAUGUUCAAGACGGUGACUGUGUUUGUGGGCGACAGCGGGGACCCAACCAAGGACCCCGUCGUGGCCAGGUCGCUCCCCGCCACCAGGACGCCCAAACAAGUCAUCACCUAUGAGGUGGCGGCUCGUGGACGCUUCGUGACGAUACAGCAACUGGAACUACUCCACCUUUGUUUUUGCAACUUGGAGGUGUACUGAGGGGCACACACACACACACACAUACACACACACACACACACACAC